AUGAAGCCAGUCGACCCAACCAAGCUCAAUCAGCUGCUCCAAAGGAAGUCAAUCCUCAUGCUGGAUGCCAUUGGCCUCACAGUCAAUUUUAUCGAUACCAUCGUUCGACAAUCUCCGGGCUUUAUCACGACCAAGAAAGGAAAAAAGACAUUGCCCCUAGAGCUAUGGCUCGAGAUCCUCGGGUGGACAAGAGAGUGGAGCUGGCAUCUCCUUGUGCAGCCGCAGGGACUGGAACAUGGCUCGACUAAUACACUCAUCUGCGCCAAAAUCCCUGAAUGGAACCCUUGCGGGCGACUCCAAGAUAGUAGCGAUAUCGAAGUCUAUGAGUACUACCUUAACCAGCCAGGUGAUGGCCCAAACGAUGACCGGCCAUUUACUCUUCCCCAGACUCUCGACAAAGACUCGACGUGGGAAAUCCCGGUAACAGCUCUCAGCCAAGAGGACAUGAUACUCUGUGGCGACCUCAGGGUACCCGAUGUCAUCGCACAGGUAGAAAAUGGCGAGUGUGGCAUUUGUGGGAAAGGUCGAAGCAUUUGUGCCGGCUGCGGGGGUGGUCGCGAGAUUGCACAGAAUUUUUCCUUUGAUUGGGUCGCCGGUGACUGCUCUUAUAACUUCCUGUGCCCGCUAUGUAUAGGCCUCGGAUACGCGAGAAAAGAUCUGUGGCUGACAGAUGAUCGUAACGAGGGCAAGGAGGGAUACCUCACCGACGAAGAAUACGACGCUUGGGUUCAAAAUCGAUUCAGAGAGCUAGAGUAUUAA